AAUCUGCCUCACACUAACAAACAUUUGUGAGGGUUAAUCUCGCCGAUAAAACUUAAUAUAACUGAGUUUUUAUUUGUUUUUCAAAGCGGGAGCAGCCGAUGUGAUUUAAUACGACACUACCAACUGUUACAUUUCUUUAUUGAUAAUCGAUUAUUUGAAUAACUCUAGAUAUUUAUUAAUAAUAGGUAGAUUUAUUUCAUCCGAUGGAUUCAGAGUAUGUGCAGCGGGUUUUGGGUCGAUGUCUGGCGGAGGGUCUCAGUGAACUGCUCGAACUGAAGCCGCCGGAUCCCAUUGAGUUCCUUUCACACUGGAUACACGAAUACAAACACAAUCAGGAGCUCCUGAGUGAGAGAUCCGCUCAUCAACAGCAGUUAGAAGAGGAGCAGGGGCGCGUGAGAGAGGAGUCACUCCAUCAGAACCUCCUGCAGGAGGAGCAGAACAACAUCACCGCUGCACAGGAGGAGCUCACGUGCACAGAAGAGUCUGUAUCAGAACCAGCACAUGAGAAAUCCAGUCCUGAACAUCUGCCGGCUGUAAAUAAGGGAGAUGAUAAGGUCACCAUUGAUCCUGGAGACCCGACGUCCACCGAUCAGACUGAUACAGUAACGGAGAUCCCAGAGAGGUCAGAUCCCCCACAGCUGAAUAACAGCACUGCAGAAGAACAGAAAGUCAAUAAUGAUGAAUCAGGUGAACAUGCUGGUCAACAAACCUCAGACAUUGUGAACCCAGAAGAAUCACUUUCUGAAGAGCAGGACAGAGACGCACAGCUAAAGGACAAAAGUGAAGUAGAUGUGAAUCCAGAGAAUGAAGCAGAACCAGAUGAAGAUUCUCACGAGAGACAGACAGAAACUGAGAUUCCUCCAGACGGUCUACAGACUACAGAGAGCGAGCUCGCAGACAGACCAGAGACUGAAGACACGGCUGUGAGACAUGAGGAGUCCGCUGAGCCCGAGCCACAGUCUGAAAGAGAGGAGGAAGAUGAAGACGAGGAGUGAGAUCUGUGUCAUCAAUGAACUAAUGAUGUAUCUUAAUAUUAAAUCAUAUUCGUGACAAAUGUUUUUACUGCAUUUUGCUUUCAACCCUGUUUACAUGGACAUUUAUAGACAGUGGUAAGAAAAAGUAAGUGAACCCUUGGAUUUAAUAACUUGUCGAUCCUCCUUUGACUCAUACACACACACUUACACACACACACACACUCACAAACACACACAUUCACACACACACACUUCUGUAACCCUCUCACACACACACACACUCACACAUGCUCACACACACAUACACCCACACACUUACACUCACAAACACACACAUUCACACACACACACUUCUGUAACCCUCUCACUCACACACACACUCACACACACGCUUCUGUAACACACACACGCUUCUGUAAAACACACACACACUUCUGUAACACACACACGCUUCUGUAACACACACAUUCACAAACACGCUUCUGUAACACACACACAUGCUUCUGUAACACACACAUGCUUCUGUAACACACACACAUGCUUCUGUAACACACACACUUGUGUAACACACUCACACACAUUUGUGUAACACUCACACACACUUCUGUAACACACACACACACACUUCUGUAACACACACACACUUCUGUAACACACACACACACACACACACUCACUUCUGUAACACACACACACACACACACACACACACACACUUGUGUAACACACACUCACACACACUUCUGUAACACACACACACACACACUUCUGUAACACACACACACACACACUUCUGUAACACACACUCAAACACACACUUCUGUAACACACUCAAACACACACUUCUGUAACACACUCUCACACACACUUCUGUAUCACACACACACACUUCUGUAACACACACACUCACACACACUUCUGUAAUACACACACACGUCUGUAACACACACACUCACACACACUUCUGUAACACACACACUCACACACACUUCUGUAAAACACACACACUCACACACACUUCUGUAACACACACUCACACACACUUCUGUAACACACACUCACACACACUUCUGUAACACACACACACUCACACACACUUCUGUAACACACACACUCACACACACUUCUGUAACACACACACACUCACACACACUUCUGUAACACACACACUCACACACACGUCUGUAACACACACACUCACACACACUUCUGUAACACACACUCACACACACGUCUGUAACACACACACUCACACACACUUCUGUAACACACACACACUCACACACACUUCUGUAACACACACUCACACACACGUCUGUAACACACACACUCACACACACUUCUGUAACACACACACACUCACACACACUUCUGUAACACACACUCACACACACUUCUGUAACACACACACUCACAUACACUUCUGUAACACACACUCACACACACUUCUGUAACACACACUCACACACACUUCUGUAACACUCACACACUCACACACACUUCUGUAACACACACACACUCACACACGCCUGUAACACACACACUCACACACACUUCUGUAACACACACACUCACACACACUUCUGUAACACACACGUCUGUAACACACACACUCACACACACUUUUGUAACACACACUCACACACACUUCUGUAACACACACUCACACACACUUCUGUAACACACACUCACACUUCUGUAACACUCACACACACUCACACACACUUCUGUAACACUCACACACACUUCUGUAACACACACACAGUCGCACACACUUUUGUAACACACACACUCACACACACACUUCUGUAACACACACACACUCACACACACUCUUCUGUAACACACACUCAAACACACUUCUGUAACACUCACAAACUCACACACACUUCUGUAACACACACACACACUCACACACGCACACUUCUGUAACACACACACACUCACACACUUCUGUAACACACACACACUCACACACACUUCUGUAACACACACACUCACACACACGUCUGUAACACACACACUCACACACACUUCUGUAACACACACUCACACACACGUCUGUAACACACACACUCACACACACUUCUGUAACACACACACACUCACACACACUUCUGUAACACACACUCACACACACGUCUGUAACACACACACUCACACACACUUCUGUAACACACACACACUCACACACACUUCUGUAACACACACUCACACACACUUCUGUAACACACACACUCACAUACACUUCUGUAACACACACUCACACACACUUCUGUAACACACACUCACACACACUUCUGUAACACUCACACACUCACACACACUUCUGUAACACACACACACUCACACACGUCUGUAACACACACACUCACACACACUUCUGUAACACACACACUCACACACACUUCUGUAACACACACGUCUGUAACACACACACUCACACACACUUUUGUAACACACACUCACACACACUUCUGUAACACACACUCACACACACUUCUGUAACACACACUCACACUUCUGUAACACUCACACACACUCACACACACUUCUGUAACACUCACACACACUUCUGUAACACACACACAGUCGCACAC